UCAGGGUAAAACAGUUCUUUAACGUGCUUAAGGCACGUUUUUUAUUGAAAUAAGCUGCAAAGGUAACACUCCUAUGACUCUUUAAAACAGUUGAACCAAUUCGAGAGUUCUCUUUGAAGAUGAAGAGUCGAUAUAUUAAGAGAAUUAAAUCCGUACUCGCAUGGAAUGACUUUCGUUUAGGACGUCAUAGUUCACUUACUACAGCAGUCAACGUCACCAAUGAAACGUCAUUAAUUGAUUCCCGGAGCAUCCUCGAAAUUUUCUUCCGGAUCAUUCUUACCUUGGUGUGAAAUUGUUUCCGUUAUAUCCGUGCAAGAUAUUUAGAAGUAAUGCCUCGAGCUAAAAGACGAUCAUCCCAAGACUCGUCAAAGCAGAACAGUACGAUGCCUGAAAAAAGAUCUCCUAAUAUGGUCCAACCAGAACCAAAAGCUCUUGGACUGUUUGGGCAAAUGGCUUCCACAGCUGCAGGUGUAGCAGUCGGCUCGGUUGUGGGUAAUGCCGCAAGUGAAGCUCUACUUGGAGGAAGAGGGAGCACAGAAUCAAAGCAACAGGACUAUGAUCUUCAGCAGCAGAAUCAUGAGCCAUGCCGGCACGAACUACAACGGUUUGUGGAGUGUGCGCAAAACCAAUCAGAGGUUACUUUGCGUAAAGACUUCAGUGAGGCCCUCAAGCAGUGCAAACAGGCGAAUAAUUUUUCCUGAGGAAACCAUGGACAUGUAUAAUGGCUUUCAGCAAAAACAAGGUUCAACAAGAAAACAACAGCUUUUGGAAUCUUCCUGUGUCUCUUCGCCGCUUCACUAACAAAAUAAACAUUGAUGUUUCACGGUUUCGGCUUGCUCUUUUCUCUGGAAAGCCGAAAGAGAAUAAUGUGAGAGACGUAAAUAUUCGCAUAACUUAUUCUUGAGUGAGAUAGAGAAUUCAACACUUUUCCGAGAUUUUUUAGACUCUAGUCCAUACAGCUGAUACAAGAAAAGCGCACGAAGAGCGAGGUUCCGAUCUGAGAAGUAAUGUGAUUCGAUUAUGUAAUCCGACAAAAGAAAGGUACAAAUCGCGUGCAAUAUCCUAUUUUCAACCACAAAAUAUUAGCGACAGUGGAAUUUUUCGAAAAUUUAAAAAAGUCUUUAAAAGGUUCUAUUUUUAAUGAUGCGAAAUAAACGAUCGUUCUGAACAAGGAAAAAACUCUUCUGUACCGAGUAGGUUGCCACAUGCAAAAUUGAGGUUUU